GCGCUCUCGCCCCCUGCUCCCUCCUCCUCCUCCUCCCCCACCUCCCUCCCUUCUCUUCCUACCUGAUUCAGAUCCGCUCCGACGCUAUGCGUAUGACCGCGUCUCUCUCUGCAAGGCGAGCACCACCGGAGAGACCCGCACGCUGCUGCUGACCGCCGGCCGAACGCGAGCACACAUCGCCGGCCGACGAGCGACCCAGGCCGGGCAACAGGAGCGGGAGACACCGCCGCUGAUUAACCUCCGCCGGAGGAGAAGGGGGAAGACAUUAGCGGGCGAAGAGUUGGCCGUGAAUAGAGAGAUCAGAAAAAGAGGAGUGUGGCGUCCCGGUGUUGCCGUCCUGCUCGUCCUCCUCUCCUCUCUUCCUCUGCUUUGCCAAGCUUUCACAUCUCACCAGACUCCCCUCUUUCCCCUUCCAUCUCCUCUGAACUCUUUUAUUCAGAACUCCUCCUCCUCUGCAACUGGCAGACUUUUCAUCCACCUCUACACCUUUCACACCUGUUUCUUCUCACCCUCUCUCUCUCUCUCUCUCUCUCCCUUUUACCAUCCUUUCCUUUCUCUUCUUUCACCUUUGACUCAUCAUGGCAUCCAAACUGAACCCCAACGUCCUGUAUGUGUCGGAGCCGGGCGAGUCGCUGAGGUCUUCCCAAGCAGACUCUGAGAGGACUCACAUGGCUGGAGAAGCCGGAGAAGAGUCAUCAGACAGCGACGGGGAACAAGAGGAAACGUCACACAAACUGAUCCGCAAAGUGUCGACAUCGGGACAAAUAAGGGCCAAGAAAAGUGUGAAGGAGGGAAUCCUGUUAAAGCAGACCAGCUCCUUCCAGAGAUGGAAGAGGAGGUACUUCAAACUCAGAGGGAGGACCCUGUACUAUGCCAAAGACUGCAAGUCUCUGAUUUUUGAUGAAGUAGACCUGUCGGAUGCCAGUGUGGCCGAGACCAGCACUAAGAACAUCAACAACAGCUUCACGGUGAUCACUCCAUUUCGCAAACUAAUGUUAUGUGCUGAGAGCAGGAAGGAAAUGGAGGACUGGAUCAGUGCUCUCAAAUCCGUCCAGAAAUGGGAAACCUAUGAAGCCAGCCAGUUCAACAUGGAGCAUUUCUCUGGGAUGCACAACUGGUACGCCUGCUCGCACGCCAGGCCGACCUUCUGCAACGUCUGCAGAGAGGCUCUGCCAGGCGUCACCUCCCACGGACUGUCCUGUGAAGUGUGUAAGUUCAAGGCCCAUAAGCGCUGUGCAGUUCGCUCCACCAACAACUGCAAAUGGACCACCCUGGCCUCCAUAGGAAAUGACAUCAUUGAGGAUGAGGAAGGGGUGUCCAUGCCCCACCAGUGGCUGGAAGGCAACCUGCCGGUCAGUGCCAAAUGUGUGGUGUGUGACAAGAACUGUGGCAGCGUGCGACGGCUGCAGGACUGGCGCUGCCUCUGGUGCAAAGCCAUCGUCCACAGCAGCUGUAAAGAACAAAUGGGGAAGGUGUGUCCCUUGGGUCAAUGUCGAGUGUCAAUCAUCCCUCCCACUGCACUGAACAGCAUCGACUCAGAUGGCUUUUGGAAGGCCACCUCUGCGUCAUGCUCCAGCCCUCUCCUUGUCUUGGUCAACUCCAAAAGUGGGGACAACCAGGGGGUCAAGUUCCUCCGCAAGUUCAAGCAGCUUCUCAACCCAGCUCAAGUCUUUGACCUGAUGAACGGAGGACCAGAGCUCGGCCUUCGCCUUUUCCAGAAGUUUGUGACGUUUCGUAUCCUGGUGUGCGGAGGAGAUGGCAGCGUGGGCUGGGUGCUCUCAGAGCUGGAUAAACUCAACCUCCAUAAACAGUGCCAGCUCGGUGUGCUGCCUCUGGGCACAGGUAAUGACCUGGCUCGUGUUCUGGGCUGGGGGGGCCUCUGUGACGACGAUGCUCAGCUGCUGCAGAUCCUGGAGAAGCUGGAGAGAGCCACCACCAAAAUGUUGGACCGAUGGAGCGUGAUGACAUACGAGGUGCCCACCACCAACAAACACACACCGAUCGUGAAGGAAGACGACAGCCUUGAUUCUCCUCUGCAGGUCCACAUCACUCAGUAUGCAGACUCUGUGGCCUCCCACCUCGCCAAGAUCCUGGACUCGGACAAACACAGUGACGUCAUUUCCUCUGCCAAGUUUCUGUGUGGGACGGUGAACGAUUUUGUGGCGGAGGUGGGGAAGGCUUAUGAGAGAGCCACAGAGAACAAGGAGGAGGCAGAUGCAAUGGCAAAGAAGUGUGCGUUGCUGAAUGAGAAGCUUGAUUCCCUCGUCAAGGCCUUAAGCGAGGAAGCGGAAGCCCAGGUGGUGCCAGCAGGUUCAGUGCCCAGCCAGGAGAGCAGCAGCUCGAGCCCCGGUGAAAGUGGUGGCGAGUCUGGUUCAGAGGGCAAAACAUACCGAUCCAAGGAGCAGCUGAUGCUCAGGGCCAACAGCCUGAAGAAAGCCCUGAGGCAGAUCAUCGAACAGGCUGAGAAAGUGGUGGACGAGCAGAACCGACACACGCAGGUCCAGAGGAUGUCGUCCUCGUCCUCCAUCAAAAGAGAAAACAGCGAGGAGCUGAAGGAUGCUGAGCCACGUCAAGGAAGCUUAAGUCCCAUCUCCCCCGUCGUCCUGGAGAAACCAGAGAGCCUCAACACCGUCACCUUCAACGAGGACUCUGUACAAUGUUCAGAGAAGUGCGUGAUGAACAACUACUUCGGCAUCGGCCUGGACGCUAAGAUUUCCCUGGAGUUCAACAACAAGAGAGAUGAGCAUCCCAAAAAAUGCAGUAGUCGCACCAAAAACAUGAUGUGGUACGGAGUACUGGGAACCAAAGAGCUGGUCCAGAAGACGUACAAGAACCUGGAGCAGAGAGUUCAGCUGGAGUGUGAUGGUGUUCCCAUGUCUCUGCCGAGUCUGCAGGGCUUGGCUGUGCUCAACAUCCCCAGUUAUGCAGGCGGUAUCAACUUCUGGGGAGGCACCAAGGAAGAUAAUAACUUCGGGGCUCCGUCAUUUGACGAUAAGAAACUGGAGGUGGUGGCUGUGUUUGGCAGCAUGCAGAUGGCCAUGUCCAGAGUCAUCAACCUGCAGCACCACCGCAUUGCACAGUGCCGUCAGGUAAAGAUUACCAUCCUGGGGGAGGAGGGCGUUCCUGUGCAGGUGGACGGAGAGGCGUGGAUCCAGCCGCCUGGCAUUGUCAAGAUCGUCCACAAGAACCGGGCACAGAUGCUCACCAGAGACAGGGCAUUUGAGAGCACUCUGAAGUCGUGGGAGGACAAGAGGAAGAUCGACAGCUACCGUGCCACCAGGCCCCGCCUUAACUCCCAGCAGUCCAUGGAGUACCUGACUGAGGAGGAGUGUGCUCAGGUUCAGCAGCUGGGCAUGGUGGCUGACACACUCAUCAACAAGAUUCGUGAGGCAGCCAAGACCCACAAGCUGGUGGAGCAGGAGUUGGCUCACGCCGUCAAUGCCACCGCCCUAGUGCUUACUGAGGCCAAACUGUCCAGCCCUGAGUGUUUAAGUCGCAGCACAGCAGUGGAGAUUGUUAACAGCAGUAAAGUCCUCCAAGCUGAGACCAGGAUGCUGCUGGAUGGAAAACUACUGUCUGAGUCUCCGGAGGAAGAGGAGCUUCGGUCCACUCUGAACAGCCUCAGUGCUGAGUUGCACAAACUGGACGACAUCCACUGGAUCUGUCCACUCAUGCAGUGCUCCGAGGAGGACUCAGUGAGGAGCAGCAGCAAGAGCAGCAGCAGUAUGAAGCUGAAGAUCAUACCCAAGGUGAAGAAGGAGAGAGAGAAGCUCCACAAGCAGAAGUCUAACAGCUCUCUCUCAGGAACUUGGGAAAUCAAAGGUGGGUCAGGUGAGGCAGAUUCCUUGGGCAAUUGAAGUCCUGCAUGAGGCGCUUCAUUAAUGCCCCCAUUACCCUGAAAACCAGGGGUGAGGAGCACCCCUCCUGUUCUCCUCCCCUCUAACCGUGACGCCCAGUGGCUUGACAGAGGUAUGAGGAAGAAAAGGAAAAUUAUCUUCCCAACUUUUAUGCUAUUUCCUCCCUGUUUUACUUCUUUGUCCUCCUUUUUUUGUUUUUGCAAACAGGAAGGAUUUUUUUUCCUGUUUUUAUUGACUUUUUUUUGAAGGGGCUUGGCUUUGCAUCGCGUCGCUUCACCACUGGUGUUCUGCUUUUGGUUCUGUUUACCUGUUUGAGCUAGGAAGGGGGCGUGGCUAGCAGCAAAUCAAACAGAGGACAAGGGAGGCGUGGAACGACAGCGUUCUCCUCGCAAAGGUUUUUGCUUUUUUGACAAAGAAAUGUGUUUACGUGGUGCUCUCCUUGCAUGUCGCGUGCAGCCAUCUUAUUUUAUAACUAUUAUUAUAAGUUCUUAUAAUCCUUUAAGUUUUUUCUCUCUCUAACUUUAAUGGUUUUAUUUCUGAACUUACGAAUUUCCUUUGGACUUUGAUUUUUCUUGAGACUUUCUAAGAGUAUUUAUUUCUUGUUGCUACUGCCAUGAGAACUCCAACGGCAACAAAUCAACAAAAUGAACAAACUGAGACAUCUCAACCUUAUCGUCUGCUGAACUGGAGAAUAUCUUAAAUGUUGCAAAAAAUAUACUGAGGAAUGUACUUGUGUGGACUUGUAUUAACCUGUGAAUAAUGAUAAUGUUAAGUGAUAAAUCAUAUAUGAUUUCACAAAGGUUCUAUUGUUGUGGUUCUAAAGUGGUUCUUAAUAGGCUGUUCUGUGACUUGUGUGGUCUGAGGCUAUGCAGCCGUGCUGCAAAAAUAAUGUUCUUUCUGAUGAGUCAUUCCAUCUGGAUUUCAACCUUGUGAAAAGAUCCGGCUGUGGGAUUUUAAAGUACGGUACAUCACUCAGUUAUUAUAAUGUGACUUAUGUGGGAGUCAGAAAAAAUCUCAUCCCACUGUGCAUUUUUUUUUUCACUUCUUUUUUUUUUUGAGGACCAUUUCAAGGUACAGUACCAGAUGAAAUGACUCAGUAAGCCUGAUAUUUUUGGCAGUGUACGAUGAGGGUGUUUACAGAAGGAGGAAGCAUCAAGGACACAUUAGCAGAACAUUACAGCUACUCAACAUAUUACUGCUACUUUGCCAUACUCUUGAUUGUAUAUAUAAUAUAAGAAUAAGAGUCAGUGGAUAUUUGAUUUUGCCUUGUCUGUGGUUUAAAGCUAUUAUUAUCAUUACUAUUGUUACAAAUAUAUAUAUAUAUUUUUUGUAUAUCUUAUUUUCCCAAUGGUAAUCUGUGAAGCUGUCCUGGCUUUGCUGCUUCCCCCUUUGACAAACUCCUUGGCCACUGUGCAUAUAAUCGAAGCCAAUUAAUGCUGUUGUGUGUCCCUGCAUGCAUACUUAGCCUUCCUUCGCCUCACAGUGGGGGUUGAAGUUGCCUCAUUACAGUGAAUUUUAGCCUGUUAGUUCCAGCCAGUGGCAUUUGGGAGUAUUUUCUUCUGUUUGUUUUUUGUUUUUGUUUUAACCUGCUUGUCGCUCCAGAUUGUCUGGGUUUAAUUGCACGAGAACACUGGAGAAAAGUGUAUAAUUUACCAAGAAAAAAAAGAAAACAAGCAGGUUAUAACAAA